CUAGACUCCUCAUCCUCACUUCCUCAAUUCACAUGAUCCGUUCCAUCUUCAACAGGGAACGGAACCAUCAGCAUUUCCUGGUUCACCUACCACACGAGACCUAAGUAUAGUAUAUACGCGUAAUUUACCUCGAAGCAUUCGUACACGGCUUCACUCUUUCAUCAAGUUUACCUGAAUUGAAACAUCUCCGUUCUCCAAACAACAAGGAACAGAAACAGCCGAGACCACGCAAGACAUCCAGUUCCAAGAAGUCUUUCAUCCGCCACAAUGAGCGAACCACAAGGACAGACACCACAACAAACAGACGACACUAUAAUGUCAGAACGUGAACCACCAAAGAAACUCACCCUCCUCGACCUUCCGCCCGAAAUCCUCCACCAAGUGUGCGCCCACCUCCCCCUCAAAUCCAUCCGCUCCUUCCGCCUCACCAACCGUUUCCUCGGCGACAUCGGCGCCUGCCACGCCCUCCCCGAGCUCGUCUUCUACCUGCACACGACCGACUUUGCCGCUCUCCGCUCCAUCGCCUCGCACCCCAUCUACCCGCGCUUCGUGCGCUCCCUGGUCUACGGAUGCGACCUCUUGCCUUCGCCCCGGCUUUCGCUGAAGCAGUACAUAGCCGAUUGCCGGCGCAUGGAAAAGCGGCGGGUCAAGAUGCACGCGCGCCAUGCGUGCGACGAGGCGAAUCGCCCGCCGAAACCGCAGGCGGAGGUGAGGGAGAGUUACAAGGAGUAUAAGCGCGUGCAUCAGGCGCAGGAGGAAAUCAUGCGCGACGAAAGGGAUUACGAAAUUUUGAGAGAAGUGGUGGGCAAGAUGACGAAUUUGAAGGAGGUCAUGGUCAGCAGCGACUUUGAGUUUCGGGUGGGGAGCGGGACGAGUUCAUCAGAUGGCAGGAACGGUCUCAUGAAGAGCGACGCGCUGAGGAACUGCAGGACGCCUUUCGACAAGCUCGAUUGUCUGACGCAGUUGGAUGGCGAAAAGGGACAGGAAGGCGUCAGGCACUUGCGGGCGCUUUUGAUGGCGGUUAAGGAGGCGGGGAUCGAGCUCAAGAGUCUCUGCGCGGGACUGAUCCACUGGAGCUUCUUCAACGAGGCGUUGGGCAAUUUCGGGUUUCACAGCAUGGGGAACCUGUUGGCCAACCUAACACGGUUCGAGCUCCUUGUGCUCCCUGGGCCGAGCCAGGACCCGGAAGAUUUCCAGCGCGCGGACGCGAUCGAGAUGAAUAACAUGAGCAUCGACGUGAUGGAAGAGAUUUACCGGUGUCAGGGGCUGAUGCGGACGGGCGUCAUUCGAAACCUGGUAAAAGGCAUGCCGAAUCUGGAGAUCUUGUCGAUCGGGUUUAUGGACCAUGCGGAGGACAACGACUUUAUCUUUCCCGCGAGGUUGCAGGAUGUUGUUCCGCUGAACCACACGUUCCCGAACCUGGAGAGCUUGAGGCUCGAAGGAUUGGAGACGGAGAGGCAGGAGUUGACGGACUUUGUGGUCAGGCAUAAGGACAGCUUGAUGAGGCUGGAACUUAGGGAUAUGCGACUCGUCACGACCUCGUGGAGGAAGCUGUUGCCGGAACUGCGCUACGAGCUCAAGACGGAAUUGAUGGAGGAGGUGUCCAUCUACGGUAUGGCGCUAGGAAUGGGCGAGGAGGACGGCGAUCAGGAGCUGGAGGAGUGGUUCAUGGGUGAUCCCGAGGAUCAUGGGGCGACGGAGCUGGCGACCAAAGUCCAAAAGUUCUUUAUGAACCCAAACGUGAGCGACUGCCCGCUGUCGCGGGAGAACAUGGAGCCUAUCCCCGACGAUGACUUGAUGGACGAAGACAUUCUGGACCAUCCUCUGGAGGGUCUGAUGCCGGACCACGAGCUGGCUGAACUCAUCUUGGGAGGCAUGCAGUUUCCGGGAGGAGGACAUCCGUUUCAGGAUCCAUUCGAUGAUCCGUCUUUCGAGGCACCGGGAGACUGGUUGGACUGAUGGAGCAGCAGUGGUCAUCUAUGAUAUAUACGAAAGAUGGAAUGGAAAGAUGUAUGGUACAAAACUGGACAACUUGAUCUUAAUGGGGCGUCGAGGACAAACGAGAAGAUGCAUGUAUUGAACUCACAGCGACAACAUGAUUAUGAAAAACGAGGACUUGCACAAGUUUAGCGGAAGGAAAUGUAUACAGACAGCGGCAUCACGAAGAAUGAGAUUCGACGUCAAUACAGAAUGUGUC